AUGACUACAAAUCGUACAUUAGGUUCACAUUAUCAAAUUGGUCGUCGAUUAGGUGCAGGCAAUUUUGGUGAAAUACAUUUAGGUCGUAAUAAUGAAACUCAGGAACAUGUUGCAAUUAAAUUAGAACAAAUUUUAACCCGUACACCACAAUUAGCAUAUGAAUAUCGAUUUUAUAAAUUAUUAGGCAAAUAUGAUGGUAUACCGCGUAUACAAUUUUACGGGCAAACUGGUUCAUAUAAUGCACUUGUAAUGGAAUUAUUGGGACCGUCAUUAGAAGAUCUAUUCGAUUUAUGUUCAAGACGUUUUUCAUUAAAAACUGUUCUAAUGAUUGGUUUACAAUUAUUAGAUAGAAUUGAAUAUGUUCAUUCAAAGCAUUUAAUUUAUCGAGAUAUUAAACCAGAAAAUUUCCUAAUUGGACGUGGUAGUACAAAUCGCCAGCAUAUUAUACAUAUGGUUGACUUCGGUUUAGCAAAACAAUAUCGAACAUCGGAUGGAACGCACAUAGCAUAUCGUGAACAUAAAAGUUUGACGGGUACAGCUCGAUAUAUGUCAAUUAAUACACAUCUUGGUCGAGAACAAAGUCGUCGUGAUGAUUUAGAAGCAUUGGGAUAUAUGCUCAUGUAUUUUCUACGAGGAAGUCUCCCGUGGCAAGGUUUAAAAGCUGACACAUUAAAAGAACGUUAUCAAAAGAUUGGCGAAACAAAACGUUUUACAACACAUGAAAUUCUAUGCGAAGGUUAUGCGCGUCAAUUUUUUACUUAUAUGCGAACUGUACGUCAAUUUGAAUUUUCUCAAGUACCUGAUUAUAAUGCACUACGAGAACUAUUUCAUAAUGCUCUCAAUGAAAAUAAUCUUGUUAAUGAUGGUGAUUUUGAUUGGAUUAAAGUUUUACAAGAACAUCGUUCAAAUCGUAGUAAAACAAAAAAUACAACUCUCACUGGUGUAGCACCAUCUAGUGUUACUACUAAGAAAGUAAUUAAUCCAGUCAAUGGCGUGUCGUCAACAGUCCGCAAUAAUCAAGAGUUACAUAAUCGUACUGUCGCUCCGCGUAGCAUAUGUCAACAUCCAUUACCGUUGAGUUCAGCCAAUGCAACCACAGCAACGUUAAAUGGUGGUUCAAAAACAACAGUUUCAACAGCAAGUACAACAAAAACUCCAGUUAUUUUACCGUCAUUACGUUCAACCACUGAAACUCAUCGACCGAUACCAGCAAAACGACAAAGUUUAGUAGCAGCAACAGCGAAUCCUUCUUCCAAUCCUUCAACCAAUGUAAAUAAUUGUACCAAAGAACAAUAUUCAUCAUAUAUUGGACAGCCAUCAGUAGCAACAUGUUGCUUUUUCAAACGUAAAGCUAAACAUGCUUUACAAAUAACAUCAGCAACACCGAAAAAAUCAUAG